AUGACUAGGGAUCAUGGACCCAUCUUGGACCGGAACAAUAUCAUAAAUGUAAGAGAUGGAGAAUCACUUUAUCAGAUAUGCAUCAAAUUGCGCCGCCGCUUGUCAGGUGUGCCAGGUUUCCGCCCCUUCCUGGAGGAAAUGGAGGAGCGUGAAGCCGAGGGCUCAGAUCCGGUUUCAUCGCUGUGGCAAUGUUUUCGAAGCGGUCUGCCCUUGCUAACGAUUUACAAUGCCUCAAACCCUGAAGAGGGCGACCUUCAUGUGAACGCGAAUCGACCGGAAAGGGUUGGAAAAGAGGCCGCAUUUCUCUUCAUCAAAGCGUGCAUGCUGCAGAUGAACAUACCAGCGGCGGACACGUUCACAGUCACGGACCUUUACAGCGACAACACUACUGGUUUUGUCAAAGUGACCAAAUUAGUCAAUCGAGUUCUAGAUAUCUUGAGAUUAAGUGGGAAGCUGCAUCCUUCCACUGACAGCGAGGACUCGCGAGAGGGGACGGACAGCGGCUCCAGUGCUCCGGAACAAGCACCCAAGACGAUGACCCGGAGACAGCAUAUCUUGAAAGAAUUGGUUGAGACGGAAAGGCAGUAUGUUCAUCAUCUACAAAACUUGCAAGCUCUGAAAAAGGAAUUGGAGGAAGUUGGUGCAUUGACGGGCGACGCAAUUCACAAUAUCUUCCUCAACCUAAAUAACCUUCUGGAUUUUGCGCAACGUUUCCUCAUCCGCAUCGAGCAACAGAACGAAACUCCAGAUGAUCAGCAAAAUUGGGGUCAGCUUUUCGUGCACUACAAAGACCCGUUCAGGCAGUAUGAGCCCUUUAUUGCCAAUCAGAGAAGGUGUGAGACGACAUGUCAACAAGAAUGGGACAGGAUGGUCGAGAAGGCUAGGACGCCAUUAGCGCAUCAAAUGCUGGCGAAUUCCACCAUCUUGAACGGUUUUCUGCUCAAACCCUUUCAGAGGCUGACAAAAUACCCCCUAUUGCUCAAGGAUCUGCAAAACCAAAUCUCGGAUGAGCACCUCAAAUCCGACUUAGCAGAUGCCAUUGCAAUUAUACAAGAUGUGUUGAUGCAAGCUGAUGCGUCCAUUGACAAAGAAACACGAGAUGACGCCUUAAUAGAUUUACGGGAGCGCAUUGAUGACUGGAAGCAAUUGCAAAUCGACACCUUUGGUGAGCUUCUCCUGCUUGGAACCUUCAACGUCAUGAAAGACAGCGGCAUGCGAUCGGACGAGAAGGAAUACCAUAUUUACCUCUUCAGCCGCAUCUUGAUCAUGUGCAAGGACGUCAAUGCGAACAAGCCAAAGAAUAGGUUGGCUAACAAUAAACCGGCGUUGACUCGAAACGGGAAGCCAAAGAUGAAUUUGAAAGGUCGGAUUUAUUUCAUCAACGUUAUCAGUGUCACAUCACAAUCCACCCCGGGGCACUAUGCGUUGCAGAUUUCCUGGAAAGGUGAACAAGCAACAGAGACCUUCAACAUCAAGUUCAGGAAUGACGAUACACUACAAAAGUGGCACACUAUGAUCGAAACACAAAGGUCGUCAUGUAUGCUCGAAGCUCGCCAGGCCACAGGAACGACGUCUGACACGCAACUCUUGUCUUUACAGGGCAUGAGUAUGGAGAAUCCAUAUCUUGCCCAAGAAGAGGACGAUGACUACAGUAGACUGUCAGGCACCACUUAUGGUGGGACUGACGCUACCGGUUAUUCUGAAUUCAAUAUGAGUAGGAACGCUUCAAGCACCAGUCUCCGGUCGCGCUCGGCGACAGGAGGCAGUGGAGGAAGCAACCCUCAUUUGUCAGCUGGACGCAUGCGAAUUCCGACUGGCGAAAUGGGAGGCCUCUCCUUGACCACUCGUGGACUACCAACGCAGUCUCCGCAGGACUAUGCUGGUGGCUCAUACUUUUCUCCCAUCGAGCGAGACUCAACGCCACAGUCGACUCUAUCCGGCCGGUCGAGUUCGCAAUCGGCUUUCGCAGGCUAUCAAAGAGGGGCUACUCCGGUCAGCUCUGGCAAUCAUCGACCUGAGGAAUCUUAUAGGAAUACUGCUCCUGCUGUGGCUCGGAACGCCAAUGGUCAGUCUAAUGGAAACCCAUAUCUGGCCAACGGUCGAUCGAGAGGACCGCCGCAACCUCCUAUGCCCCGUAUGCGAUCCGCCAGCAGUCCAGAUGUGCAUCCAAUGGUGCAGCAGAGCCGCAAGUAUGUCUCUGGUGAGCACGCUCCGAGUGUACCUCCUAUUCCAGCACAUGUCGCGAAGCAAAUGGCUCCUCCGAGUAGGAGUCACAAUAAUUCUCCAAGCAACGGCCCUCCACCACGCGGAGGCACCCCUCAACAAUAUGGUCUUCCCCAGGGACCACGGCCAGGAAUGCCCAACCACGGUUACACAUAUGAUACUUCAUACGCGAACGAUGUGAGGAGACCGUCACACGGGGCGUCAUUGUCACAAGGCCGGACCUUCUCCCCUCCAGUCUUGUCACCGUCUUCCAGUGAUGGAGAUUCAUACAUCCCGAGUCAACUCAAAGCCAAGGUCUGUUUUGACGAGAAUUAUGUUUCGAUGAUCAUUGCGAGUAACAUUCAAUUCCGAUCACUUGCCGAUCGCAUUGAUGCUAAAUUAGCGAGAUUCACCAAUCAUUCGAUAGCGUCUGGUUCAGUCCGUUUACGGUACCGAGACGAAGAUGGGGACUUCAUUCUCAUCGACAGUGAUGAGGCUGUACAUGAGGCGUUGCUCGACUGGCGGGAAACUCAUGCUGCCAACUCAACAAACCCUCAAAAUGCGGAGCUUUUACUGUUUGCCCACGCUGUGAACGGUGAAAACUUCGCUGGAUAA